AUGUGUAAAGAAAGUGAACGGGCGGGAGUGUGCGCGCGCACACGGUGUGGCGCGCGCGGGCCGAGAGGACUGGAGCCCAUGGAGCCCCCAUCGUUCCCCACCAGCGGCCCCCCAACACUCAGGGCGGUCCCCGGCGGAGACGCUGCCCUCGUCCUCCCGCUGCCCUCUGGUUCACCACCUUUUCAAUUCGAAUGGUACGUUCUAUUUCUAGCUCUAUUUCCCCCCCACUCA